UGAGGUAUUAUUUUAAUGUAUAUUUAACUUGAUGAUUAUUAUAAGUAUGAUUCUAUGUAUUUUAGCUUGUUAAUGGCUCUAAUAGUGGAUCCAAAAGAUCAGGCGACCUAGCCACCAGUCCAUCCUCUGAUAAAAAGAGAAUUCGUGAAAAUGCAGUGAAUGAACAAAUAGAGUCUGAACAAAGAAUUUUCAUCAUGCCCCCAGAAGACAAUAGCCUUCCACUGGACCUCAGUUGCCGUGGGCCUGUGGUUGUAAAGAAUUAUGGAAGACCAGCUUCAGCAUCAACACCAGAGUCAAGAGAGCACCAUAAUGCUCAUGUCAGUAUAGUAAAAAAUGAAUUUAAUAAUUCUGACACAUCUGAGCCUGGCCCUGCAGAACCACUAAAUCAGACAGUGUUAUCAGAUAGAGGACCUUUAGAAGAUGAAAAUGAGAAUUUGGUAAAUGAAGCAAGAGAAAAAGAGAAGGCUUUUUUCAACAUCGCACAAAAUGAGCAAUAUCUUACUGAAGACUCUACAGGUUUAGAUCCCCCACCACCUCUGCCCUUGUAUGGGGCAGGAGGUGCAUUAAGAAGAAUGCGUGUAAGCAGCGAUGAUGGGCCUCCAAUGGUGUAUAGUGUGCGAUUGUAUGCAGAACAGGUUCUUGUGUCCAGGAUUUUAGGGGUCAAUGAAGAGACGGGUGACAAGAUGGAACUAUACAAAUGUUUUAUGUGCAGUGUUGCAUUUCCAUCCAUUUCAAGACUACAAGCUCAUCUAUUUCAGCAUAAGCAACAGUUUGUCUGUUGCAAGUGUAGCUUUUCAUGUGAUUCAAGAGUCCAAUUUUCUCACCAUGUACAGCGUGAACAUCUUUCUCCACUUAUGCAGUCUAACAGGGAUAAGGAAGAUACAAGAUGUGAUAUGAGUGAUGAUUCCUGUAGUGCAGAGAAUACUGUCACAGUGGCUGCACUUUUAUCUGCUCUUCGGGAGAAGGCUCAAGAAAACAGACCCCAUAGCCUUGUACAGAAAGAAACCUUUGAGGAAGAGGAAGAGAAUGUUAGUGAGGACUCUUAUCCAGUUUCUCCAUCAUCUGAAUCGCAAGAAGCAGGUGAAAUUCAAGAAGGAAGUACAGGAGAAGAUCUCUUCAAGAUGUACACGUGUAGAUUUUGUGGCAAAAAAUUUGACCGUGCCUUCUCAUGUAAUCGACAUGAACGUGUGCACACUGGAUACAAACCAUGUUUUUGCCGUGUGUGUGGAAGAGGCUUCUCAGAGCCAAGAAAUUUGAGGCAUCAUGUGAUCAGAUUUCAUAGUGAUGGAUCUCUCCGUCACCUUAUUAAAAGAGAUAGACGUAAGAAAGGGGAGGAAGACUCCCCUACUCCUUCCAUAUCGCCAGUACCUGUGAAGUAUCCUGAAAAUAGAUUGAAUAAUGUUUUAAAAGAGACCGCAAAUAAACUUAUAUCUACUUCCCAUAUUGAUAUCACAGACUUCUCAGGAAAGCCCACUGGAUUAGAGGCUUCACUAUCUUCAAAAAAUGUGAAUAGGUGUGAGGAUAUUAAUAAAGACCUCAAAAGAUCAUUAACUCCACCUCUGGCAGAGACCAUGAAAGAGCAGACAAAUUCCGAUGUGUCUGCUGCAGUCACAACCUAUACCACAAAUCUCACAAAAAUAAUUGCUGCAUCUUUAGACAAUACUUCACGCAUUAGUAGAAGACACGCAUUAUUUACAGACACAUACAGAGAUGAAUUGGAGCCUGGAGAAAUCAGGCUAGAUAAGCGUUCAAAAAUUGUUGAUGAUGGAGAAAGUGGACGACGAUUAGUUAUAACUGAUGACCAGGCAGAAGAAGGGCUGGAUCACUCCCCUCAUUUCUCCAACUAUGCUCCAAGGUUAAACAUUGUACAAGAACCAAUAGAUCGGGAUAAAGCACUAAUGCCUAUCACAGAUGAUAUUGGGCGUACAUUUUUUGAAUGUCCCUACUGCCACAAGUUGUUUGGGAGCACCUCAGAUAUGAACCGCCAUCUUGACUUCCAUGAAGACUUAAGACCAUACAACUGUGAAUACUGUGAUUAUUCAGCUCGAACCAAUAGCCAGCUGAAGGUACACAAGAUGAGACAUGAAGGUAUAAAGUUGUAUAGCUGUGAUGUUUGUAACUAUAACGGGGUUACACAAAGUGAUCUUAAUCGACAUAAAAAAACACAAAGCCAUAUAGCUCGCAGUCAGAACGUUUGUUCCAUGUGUGGCCUGGGUUUCUAUACUUCCUCUCAAAAGCAGGUUCACGUUGUUCAGUGUCACCCUGAAGUAGAAGGUGCAUCAUCAUUAAUCCAGAUGAGUUUAGGACCUCCAGUGGCCCCAUUACUUUCCAGCUCUGAGUACUCUCCACUAACAGGCAAUUCUAGUAUAUCUGUGCAGCCAGCUGCAGCUCAGUAAAACUUCAGUAAUACCAAAUAUGCAUUUGCAAAUUAUUCAAAUGGCAAGAAUUUUACUUUUUUUUUUUUUUUUUUUAAUGAAACGAAAGAAAGAGAUGCUAUGGUGUUAGUUUAUAAAGGAAAUUGCUUUACAAAACUGUAUCUUGCCAAGAAAUAAAAUAAUACUUUUAGUAGAUUUUGCACAUUAAAACUUUAGAUGUACACAGAGCAAUAGUCAAUGUCAAAAAUUUAAAUAAUUUGGCUCUUAGUACAAACAUUACUGUCAAGUCCAGAAGAGGUUACAUUUAUUGUUUUUCUAAUAGGCAGAAUUUGCUUUUGCCUUUCAAGGCAAGGAUAAACAUGUGUUCACCCAAGAAAUACCAGUAAAUCAAGUUUGUGUGCACUCACUAGUGUGAUGAGCUUUAAUUGCUGUGCUGAUUAUGCUAAGAAUUCAAAUGUUAAUUUACUGAGUUAAUGUUCAGGAGAGGAAUAACAGACAGUUCUGAGAAUGAUACUUUGUAAUUAAAAGGUACUUUCACAGACUGCCCUAUUACUGCAAAACUAUCAUAUAACUUAUGAAGGAUUUUAUUGUAGUAUUCAAAGUAAAUUAUUUAUAUCAGUAUGAAAUUAUUUUAUGUAAAAGAGGGACAGAUUAUAUUUAGAUAUGUGAACAAGAUUUGAUAAUCUCAUAAUUACCUCAGUGUGGUAUAAGGGUUUUGGCUAUUCUUUCCCAUAUAAGAGAAAACACUCGCUAUGAUAUACCUCUUCCUAAUGGUGUGUGCACCAAGAAACACUUCCUCUAUAAAUGUGUAGUGAAACACUCAUGAAAUGUAUGUAUUGAAACACUAAUGGCAGAUGGGUAGUAAGUAUGAGUGUAUUUUUUGGUACACAUGCAUGUAAAGUACAAGUGUUUUGAUUUGUGGUAGCUAUGCUUGCUAGCUCUCAGGUAAUACAAGCUUUUCUAGAUGAAUAUUAUUUUAGGUGAUCUUUCAUAAAACUGUUACAAGAGAUGGUUUUUCUCUUAAGAUGUAUGCAUGGGACAUAACCAUGUAUUUAUGAGGCCAAGUUCUUUAAUUUCAUGAACACUGGUAGAUUUUGAGCUGUAAAGAAGCAUUGCAUUUGAAUGCUUGAGAAAGGUGCUUUAAGCCAGGACUCCAACCUCUUGAAAUCCUGGAAGUUAAUUUUAUUUCAAAACUCAGAUGAUUAGUUUUGGUGAUUCUAUUUCCAGCAUUUCCAUUAUUUUUAUGAAUUAUGAGAGGUGUAUAUAUAUCUAAUUGUGGUUAUAUUAUAUUAUUAUGAUUGUUUGACUUGUCUUCCUUGUUGAUUGUUAUUUGCACUAUUUGAGUGUAGUGCAUUGAAUGUGCUCUUGUAAUUAUUUAUUAUUAAAUAAUGAUUUAAUUUUCCAGUUAUCAAGAUUAUUGAUAUCACAGUAUCUUCCACUUCUGGAAGUAUUUUUUAUACUGAUUUAUAAACUUCUCAUUACUCUUUAGUACAUUAUUUAGAAUGUUCCUCAAGAAUUUUAUGUUGAUGAUGAUGAGUACUGUAUAUUUAUUUCCCCCUCUUAUGAAUUAUUACCAUAAUUAUUAUCAUAUUCACUGACUGGACUGCUAAUAUUAUGGAAUUAAAUGUUACGAGUAUUAUUAUGUUGACACCCACACAUUGACAGGUGAGAGAUUUGGAGCCUUGGCUUUUGUUGCCAUUCAUAAGAUCUUUACCGUGUAUUUAUCUUGUACCUUAUUCCCAGUAACUUCUCAAAAAUGUAUGUUCAUACACAUGUAUGAAAAUUAUAACAGUGCACAUAAGGGAACUACCAAUUUGUUGGUAUAGCUACACAAAAAAAUUGUAUUUGAAUUGUGACUUUUAUAGUGAGAAUGAGUAAUGUAUUUUAUUAUUUUUUUAUGUGAGCAAGUUUAUAAUUGGUGUCAUAUGACUGAAUAUACAGAUUUGGAUUCAUGCACUUGUAAAUCGUAUUCCUAUCUCUGACAUUCUUACCAACUCUCUCUCACUGUAUUUUUCUUUCACUCUCUUAUUUUUAAAUACACUAGUUAAAAGAAUGUUUUAGAUCAUGUGCCAAUGUAGGAACUCUUUAUGUGCCAUUGAAAUGCCAUUUCCAUCAAGUGGAAUAUCUGUUGUUGCAAUUUUAAAAAUUAUUUAUGAUGUUAUGUAUGGAUAUGUAGAAUGUGUACUUGUUUUAAAGUUAUUCAGCCAAUGUAAGUAACAUAUAGUCAUAUAUUCAGAACAUUUUGGAAACAGGGGAUGUAAGAGAGAUUGUUUUGUAAGUAUAUAAUUGAUAGCAUGUAUCUGUUUAGAAAUUUGAGUUUGGUUGGAGCCAGUACCAUAAAGACAGUGAGCUUAUUUUAAUAAAGUGAAGUUGCUACAGAAGCUGCUAUAAAUCAUUGGAAACUACUUGCUGAUGGUCUCUAAUAACAGAUCCAUUCCAUUUUACAAAUGUGAUGUAAUUUUAUACAAAAUUGUUUGUUUUCACUUUUUUAAAAUAUUAAAUGAUUUAUCAAAGAUUUUUAUUUUCACUUUGAAUAACCAGUGACUAUAAAUGUUUGAGGGCCUGCAUUAAAUGUUAACACAAUAUUUUGUUUAAGGGAUUGUUUUACUGUAUUCAUUAAACAUUAAUUCUGCAUAUGUUUAUGAAGCUCAAUGGGUAGCUAAACUUCAUGGCUCCAUCAUUUAAGGAAAACUUUAAUGUAUAUAGAGUACAAUAAUGCAAAGCCUCUGUUUCAACUUCCUCUUUCCGUUAACUCUUUCUGGUGCUAUAAUGUUGUCUUUUUUAGUUUUAAUUAUAUGGGCAUAAUGUUGUGUAGUUAUAAUUUUAUUGAAUGUUAACAACUAGGAAUGUAUUUGAAUAAUACUAUUUUAGGAUUUUUUUCUGUUGGCUCUCAUUAUGGUGUGUAGUGUGAAAGACACUAUGAUUUGAUAACAUUCCAUUUUGUGAAAAGAAAAAAAUAAACAUAUUUUAUGCUGAACAUUUA